AUGCGGCCGUUCGUGAACGACCCUAUAUGGAACUUUACCAACGAGGGUGCCGCUAGAGAUGGAAGAAAAAACCGGGCGAACAUUAUCGCUUCUGGAAUCGCUGUUACGCCAUUGGCCUUUAAGGAGCUUGGCUUGAGAAUCUCGACCCGAUGCCUUAUCGCAUUCCGCAUCACCAACUCGUUGUUAUUAGCCGCUUUUUCCGACCGGCCAGCAAUAAAUUAUAAAUUACAAGAAAGGAAGGUGUUACAAAAAGUAGAAAUAAGGUGCAAUCGGUACCGAGCAAGGGUGGUUUCUAAUCCUGUCGCUAGGUGGCAUGCUCCGAAUAUCUUGAGCUGGGAGGGACAAUUUGUAAGCGGGGAGAUAGCAUCUGGAAGAGGCCCUCAUUACGGGAGCGAUUUGAGGAAUUUCACCUCCCGACCCGCUCAUCUGAUAGCGGCGGCCAAGACAGGAGUCGGGGACAGCUUGAAAAACCUCCCUCACACCCUGUUUAUUUCUCUUUCUGUGACAGCUACAGGGGGUGGCGUACGGACACCUCAGCUCCAUCAUUCGGGUCUUGUCUCAUUCAGGAUGGAUCUUGUAGGGCUGCGAUAA